CCUAAAACCCAACUGUUCAUAUUGAAAUACAUGAAAUAAACAUGGAGAAUAUUAUAUUGAAAAUUGCAUUCGGUGCUACUCAACUGAAUGAAUUCGCCUCAUAUCGAUGGGGAGUUAUUGUCCCAUUGAAUAAAAAGAUUGUUUGUAAAGAAUUCAAGGUCAGCUAUUGGCCAAUUACAAAAUUUUGGAAAAUUUUACUGAGAAAUAUAUUCCGUUUAAAAUUAUUACAAAGAUUUGAAGAAUCUCAAUUUACAAUGAAUCGAGAUUUUAUAGUAUCUUAUGCUAUCGGGAUAGAUGAAACAAAAUUUACAAUUCUAACAAAUUUCUCUUCCUAUGGUAAUCUUUUCGAAUGGUUUCAACAAAGAAAUUCAUUAAGCGUUGAAGAUGUCUGUCAGACUAUUCAGUAUUUAAGUAUUGCUGUUGACUAUCUGCAUAGCAAGAAGAUUGUCCAUGGAAAUAUUAAACCGCAUAAUAUACUCUUCAAGACAGACAACCCGUCUUCAGUGUCAUUAGUAAUGGAUUUCAGUGUACUGACAGAAAUCAAUAUAUUGACUAACAAUAUAACCAAAAUGUUUAUCUACAUGUCACCAGGAUAUGUUAACCUUGUAUUGAAUUCUCUUCAUCGUUUCAAUUCAACUUCAGUGGAGAACAUUUAUCAUACUCUGAAGGAAUUGUGGAGUUUAAAAUCUCCUGGAAUAGACUUUUGGUCUGUUGGUGUUAUUAUGCAUCUGUUAACAACCGGUAAACUUCCAUUUACACAGCAUAAAGAUAUGCUAACAUUGUUGGAGGAUAUUAAAACAAGCCUACCACAGUUAAAUGCUCCAUUACUUUUCAAAGUUGACAAAUGUGUUCAUGUGAUUAUUAUGCUGUUACUACAAAUCAAUGUAAAUACACGGAAAAAUGUCAGUGAAUUGACAACAUCUAACUGGUACAAUGGCAUGUCAGAAAAGAAUAAGAAAAGAAAUUUGAAACCAAUUAUCGAAUAUGAUUUCCUUCAUACUAUCAUGCAUCAUCAGAGGGAAUCAGAAAAUGUCAUAAGAAAGUUUAAGGAAUACAUGAAAAUAAGAACUAUGGAAGUCAACUCUGUUUCUUGAAUUAUAUUGUAAUACUACAUGGAUAUUUCUACUGGCAUUUCGUGUAGAUAACUGUAAAUCAAAAGUUACCCAAGACAGACACAUUGGUAAAUAUUCAUUCAAAAACAGCAAUCCAUGUUCAAAUGUUCACUCGUCAAAAUUCAAGUAUUCUCUAGUUUCACCAUCAACUUCAAUAAAAAACAGUCUGUCUUCCUCAAGCAUCAUCGAUGGUGUAAAUAUGAAUGAAACGUGUUCAAAAUAACUUUUAACUAGUAUUGUAUACAAUUACUUCUGGUAAUGGAGAUUUGUUAUUGUUUUCUGUGAAUAGAAUGAUUUAAUUGAGAAGACUGAUUCUCCAUCUGGACAACAUAUUCAACGGUAACUUUAAUGUGAAGUGACCUUUAGGAAAUGUUAAUACAUGAAAAAUCUGUCUGUCCAGGUGACUUCGACGAUGAUUGGUUGUCCUCGGAGAUUUUGUUAUGAUUAUGUUAACCUAUACCGAUAUUCGUCCUUCCUCUGAUCCCAUAGGUGACCUUUUGGUCAUUUCAAUAUUUCAUGUUUAUGGUUAGUUAACAGUAAAAUGCUGUGGAAAAAAUUAAUUGAAAUAUAAUUUUCA